CUGAUGCAGCUGUGCCUGCUAGGUGCUGAGUCGCCACCGAGUUCCUCAACAGUUCACCGCUACUCAGCAGUGUUCGGCCUACUGGGCUACCACACUCUUCAGGUCGACUGGCUGAAGGAUGAGGACUCCUACCUACCUCCUGAUGUUGAUAGUUGUGACAGCAGCGCCGCUCGCUACCUGUGUACAGCCAAUACCUUCACAUCCAGCCCCUGCAACCCUUCACCAUUCACCUGCCUCAGACUAUUAUAACUGCAUCGAGAUAGACCUUUCGGAAGUUGAAUCAUUGAGGUCGAAUAUUUUUAACUUUAUUGACAUAAAUUUGGCAGACAAUAAAGAUAACAUAUCCUUCGGUCUUUUAGAAGAGGAUUGGGCCCGUUUAAAGCUCCUGGAGAUGAGAUUACCAGUAAAAUCUCCUCUAAGAGGAAAACUAGUGAAACUCUUCAGACUGUUAUUAUCAGCACUUUAUCAAGCUCACAGACCAAAGACACAAGAACCUCCUUAUUUCAAUAAUAGUAUAAUUUAUGACAGUGAAUCGCAAAUUUCAAAUCUAAAUGCAUCCACGAUAAACAUAAGUGAUCCAAAUUAUGGGAAUGUAAACCAUUCUAAAGUAUUGGAGGGGCCUACAAGUUCUGUGUCUCAAGAAGAGAUAGACAAUGAGGCAGCAGAGUCUGAACCACGACCUUCGGUGAUAUCACUUAAUACCCACCCGACCCACUUGAACACAGUUAGAAUAUCUGAAUACGACACAAACAGCCAUUCUGAAGAUAAAUCCACAAAAACUCCGCAUACUGUAAGUAAAGAAUUUUCAAAAUAUUCCGAAACGGAGGAACCAGACAAUAAGCUCCCUAUGCCUAACAAUCUCCCUAAAAGUAAAAUACUCGGAACUAAUAAAGAUAUUCUACAACAAACUAGAAACAAUGACACUUCGCAGAAGGUGACUCCAGUCUAUGGGUCAGACGUAACCGAAGAUUAUCAGGGCCUAAACAUAAAAUACGAAAAAGAACAUGGAGAUUUACCCGUUGAAACAGAAGAUAUUGCAACAACCACCAUUCAACCGAAAGGGAAUACAAAAGUUGACUUUAUAGAAGAAGUUGAAAAGCAAGAGUCAACCACUCCAUCAAUUACCGUGGUCCCCGGAAUCGAAGAUAAUUUAUUUUUGGACACUGAAAAAGCUGAUAAUACAACCAGUGAUGGCACUGGACGUGAAAGUAUCCGGACUACAGCUUCUGAGGACAACAUCACACCAAUCACGCCUUCUCCUGGCAUUGAAGAAGAAACUACCCAACACAGCCAAUUCAUUCCCGAUCCCACCAAUUCACAUCCAAAUACUGUUUCAUUUGAUGGUGAAGAAUUACAUGCUUCUAAAACAUCGACGACAACAGAUUCAGGCAUUCUACUCACCUCAACUUUAGCUCCUACCACGGUCAAAGAUCAAAUCCAUAUUCAAUCUCCGUACACAACUAGCAGCACAAAUGGCAUUGAUUCAAGACAGGACAAGUCUUUACAUUCAACUUCGUCAAGUCCAAUUAGACCAACACAGAAAGUUGACAAUCCUGUAAACAACAUCAUAAACGAUACCUUCAAAUCAUUCACCCUAGUGUUUCCUGAAUAUCCAAAAGUAACUUCUCCAACGACUGAAGUAAACAAGCUUUUGAUAUAUCCCUACGAUGGUGGGAAAAGAAUGUUUUAUCCGUUUAGCGUGUCCAAGUCGACCAGCUGCAACAACAAGAAAGGUUGUGCUAAAGUAAAAAAUAUUGAGUUUUACAAUCCUAAAUAUCCUGAGCGGUAUAAUCAACCAAACAGUGGAAUACAUUCUGAAGAUUCCCGGAAUGCACAUAGAGAAUCGAACCGCAAACGAUGGAACUCAGAUAACGCAUUGUGGUGGCACAAAAUGAGAAGUCUAAGGAAGAAAAACUUUGAGGAAUAAUAAAGUAAACGAAUAAAUGUUUGUUGCUAAGAUCAUGUAUAGAUUAGUUUAUGUUUU